ACUAGACAGCAGCACGGUGCUCAGUCUGCCUGUCACUCAGCCGCUGCCGCUUCCCCCAGCGCUGCUGUCCGGGCUGUACGCCGUGCCUGCCUGUCAGCGCUCACACUCGUGCGGACUCGGGUGCCCAUAGCCGUGCCCUCAGCUCUCGUGCCCGACUGCAGCCCCGUCCAGCAGCAGCAGCUGCUGCCAGACACCAGCCGCCGAGCUCCGGGGAUCGGGGCAAUGUGACAGGCUGCAUGCGGGCUCACAGACGAAAAGGAGCAAAAGUUUUCCAACUCUGCAGGAUCCCCCCGCCGGAGUGUGCAGGGAGCCGCGGCCACUUGUAUGUGGGGUGACCUUGCUCCAGACCCCCGGGCUCCCCGGUCUGUGGCUGCUGGAGGGUGUGACUGGACACGUUGCUGGAGCUGUCACCUACUGGAGGUCGAUCAGAUCGGGCUCGGUGAUCGCCGGUGACCGGGAGAUCGCCUUCCUGUUUGGUGUGACGGAUCAGAUCGGACGGAACCUGCUCGGGAGAAGCUCCCCGUCCCCCGCCUACCAUGUCAUAGGAAAGGAAUGGAAACCAAAGGAUAUCACGGCUUCAAGGAAGGAGGAGAUAUGGAGAGGCGAUGGGGUCAGGUGCCACAGCCUAUGGAAUUGUCAUCUUCAAGGCAGCAGGGUGCAGAUUCUUACAUGGAAAUUGUAAACGUGAGCUGCGUACCUGGGACCUUUCCACCAAAUGUGACAGAAAGUGAAGUUAAAGAGAAACAAUCUCUCCUCCCUUGUCUGCAGCAAGAUAGUAAUCAGUCUGAUGUUUUAACACAAGAGAUUAAGCCGGAAUUGGAGUCAAAAGAACUUUCUGCAACUGUAGCAGAGUCUAUGGGAUUAUACAUGGAUUCAGUACGGGAUGCCGAAUUUGCAUAUGAACAGCAAAAUCAGCAAGGAGUGAUUGGUACUGGAAAUGUUUAUCCCAACAUGGAGCACUUUGUAAAAUUUUACAAGCAAAACGCUUGCAGCACUUUUCCAUUAGACUGCCAAAACCAAUCUGUAAGCUCAAUUUUGGAAGUGGACAAUUCCAGGAAUGGUAAAGUAAAUAGUAAUACUUUAAGGAGCCCCUCAUCCUGCAAUGAGAAAUGUUCAACGAAUAGCCCAUCCAACAUGGGACUUUCUGUUUGUAGCCCUACUGGAAUUGACUCUGUCUCUUCAACCACAUGUUCCAAAAAUUUUGGAAAUUUUACCAUACACAGUCCAGUUAACCAGGGAACAUCUGUUUCGUGCUCACCAAAUGUUGAUAAUAGAUGUUCUAUUUCACAUAGUCCUGCACAUACUAGUACAGUGGAGUCCCCUUUGUCAAGCCCAUUGAGUAGUUUGAGAUCACCCAUAUCAAGCCCACCGAGUCACUGCAGUAUAAAAUCCCCAGUAUCAAGUCCAUUAAAUAUUACAGUGAGGCCCCAUGUGUCUAGUCCUGGGAAUCUAAACACAAGAUGCUCUCUUUCUAGUCCUUCCAAUGUCAAUAAUAGGUCCACUAUUUCUAGUCCUGCUGCAAGUUCUAUGGGGUCUUCUAUUUGCAGCCCAGCACACAACACUUUGGGGUUUCCUUCUUCUGUCUUGCCUACAGAAUGUCGAACUGAUGCCACCAGUAUCAGCACAGAUGUUAAAGACAAAGCUACUCAGCAACUCUUAUUUCCCAAAAUGGAAACUAUGGAUAAUGAAAUCAGUGAGAGUUGCACAAGUAGCUUAGCAAAGUACAUUAAGCCAGAUCCUGAUGGUGCUUAUAUUGACUCCUGUUUUGGAGAUCAUGGUAAAGUUGCUUCUGAUACGUUUCCGGUCUCUAUAAAGCAAGAGCCUGGUAAAAACACUUGUUCUAGUUCUCUAUUUAAAACAACCCAGUCGGCAAAUCCGUUUCCAUUUAUGGAUGGCUCAUACUUUACUUUUAUGGAUGAUAAAGAUUACUAUUCCCUAUCUGGAAUACUAGGACCACCUGUUUCAUCAUUUGUUAGCAGUUGUGAAGGCAAUGGAUUUUCUAACCAAGGCCACGCUAUGGGGAUUAAACAGGAGGCUGAGGAUAGUUUUUUUCCAGAGAACUCUAUGCCUUCCUCGGCUAUUGUGGGUGUCAACUCAAGUGGGCAGUCAUUUCAUUAUAGGAUUGGAGCUCAAGGCACUAUCUCUUUAACCAGACCAGUCAAUAGAGAGCAGCCUUUCCAGCAUUUGAGCUCGUUCCCUCCAGUUGGCUCACUUGUCGAAAAUUGGAAAUCGCACUCUGAAUUGUCUCAAAGCUCUUUGUCAUCCAGAAGAAAUGAUGGUUUUCCGGGUCCAGGAUACAUUCCAGAAAACAUGUCAAGUUCCGCACUACGAACCAUGUCAACUGGGUCCUCUAGACCUUCCAAAGUUUGUUUGGUUUGUGGGGACGAGGCAUCUGGAUGCCAUUAUGGAGUGGUCACCUGUGGAAGCUGUAAAGUCUUCUUUAAAAGAGCAGUGGAAGGUAAAUGUUCAAGGCAGCACAGCUAUCUCUGUGCAGGAAGGAAUGACUGCAUUAUUGACAAGAUUCGGAGGAAGAAUUGUCCUGCAUGCAGAUUACAAAAGUGUCUCCAGGCUGGGAUGAAUUUAGGAGCUCGAAAGUCAAAAAAGUUAGGAAAAUUAAAAGGAGUCCACGAAGAACACCAGCAACCACCACCUCCACAUCAACAGCCUCCUCAACAGAGUCCAAAAGAGGAACCUACAUUCACAUCCACCUCAAAAGAGACAUCCGUUUCCACAAACACAACUAUCGUUCCAAUUAUAUCUGCUGUAUCCCCUGGACUUUCCUUGUCAGCAGCUGUGAUACUUGAAAACAUUGAACCUGAAAUAGUGUAUGCAGGAUAUGACAGUGCUACGCCAGACACGCCGGAAAACCUCUUGUCCACCCUCAACCGUUUGGCUGGGAAGCAGAUGAUACAAGUGGUGAAAUGGGCAAAAGUAAUUCCAGGAUUUAGAAACCUGCCUCUUGAGGACCAAAUUACUUUAAUUCAGUACUCCUGGAUGUGCCUGUCAUCGUUUGCCUUGAGCUGGAGAUCGUAUAAACAUGCAAACAGCCAAUAUCUGUAUUUUGCCCCAGACCUGAUAUUUAAUGAAGAAAGGAUGCGCCAGUCUGCCAUGUAUGAGCUGUGCCAAAGUAUGCAGCAGAUAAGUCUGGAGUUUAAUCGCUUGCAGCUAACCUUUGAGGAGUAUACGAUCAUGAAAGUGUUGCUGCUACUAAGUACAGUUCCUAAAGAUGGACUUAAAUGCCAAGCUGCGUUUGAAGAAAUGAGACUGAAUUACAUUAAAGAACUGAGGAAAAUAUUAAUGAAGAGUCCGCACAGUGCUGGACAGAGCUGGCAGCGAUAUUUCCACCUAACUAAGCUUCUGGACUCCAUGCAUGAUGUGGUCAGCGAUUUAUUGGAGUUCUGCUUCUACACAUUUAGGGAAUCUCAGGCACUCAAAGUAGAGUUUCCUGCAAUGCUUGUGGAAAUCAUAAGUGAUCAACUACCAAAGGUGGAAUCCGGGAACGCUAAACCUUUGUACUUUCAUAGAAAGUAACUGGAAGAGUCUUACGGGAGAACUUUGCCUUAAGUUUCCUCUGAUGUUCCAUACCUAAGCUGGUUCCAAGAACUGACACUUUUCUUUCAAAGACAAGGACAAAAUAUAAAAUGAUAAAAAAGAAAUGGCACUGUUUGGGCACAGAAGACAUGCCAGGAAUAAAGAGAGCUGCUGCCAGCACCCCAAGCGCUUGAAAAUUACUCCUAUUCCUAUGGAUAAAAAGCCAUAUCUAGUCAAUAACUGAUUCAUUUUGAUAUUUUAACAAUGAAAUUUUCAAAUAUGCCAUGGAGUUUCUGGUUUUGUUUGUUUUAAUCGGGUUCAUGGACUCAGAAAGACUUUUUAAAAGGUUAUUCUUGGUUUGCACACGACGUGUUUGGUCAUUAUGGGGCAUUAAAUAUUCUUUUCUUGUAUCAAAAAUAAAAAUAAAAAGCUAUUGUAUAAAAUAUUAAGGAACAUUUGAUGUUGAAUAUCACUACCCAUUUGUGGCAUUAGUUGUCCCAUGUUAUCUUGUUGCAGGAUGAAGGUCGUGGCCAUUUUUUAUUUUUACGGUUGCUGCAGAGAUAGAGAGUUGAAAUGGGCGCUGUGAGCAGUGCACCCCAGGGCACAGUGCAGAUUUCCUCUGCUAUAUACGCAUGCAGCAAUUUGCCCACAAACCCUAGUGGUGUGUAAUGUAGACAUUUAUUUAAAUUAAAAGCAAGAUAGAAAGAUGUUAAACUAAAUGCCCCUGUCUGGAUUUUCUAUGAGUUAUAUUGUGCUGGCUUUACGCAGUCCAUGCUGUACUGUAUAUUGCUGUAUAUGUAUAAAUUGUGAAGGACCUGGAUCAAAAACAAUGUAUGGUAAUUUUGUAAAUGAGACAAACAAUCUACAGAUGAAUGGAAAGCAUAGGAAAGUAUUUUUGGAAGAAUUCUAUUUUGAUGGAGAAUAUUUAAGUACUAUCUUUGUCUAAAUAAGGUAAUUUUUUUUUUUUUUUUUUUUUGUAAAGUGAAAAUGUUUUGCAUGGAUUCUGAACUGUUUACAGUGUAUUUAAGGAAGGGAAAGCUGUGCCUUUUUAGCAUCAUAUCUAAUUUACCAUUUUUGCAAUAUCUGUUUGUACAUAGACAUACUUUAACCCCCUUUUUCGGUUAUAUUUAAGCUUUUUCUACUUUUCUGUAAAAAGGAAAUGUUCUACUUUUUGUGUACUGCUUGCAAGAAAUAUCGGAGCACACUUUCUAGGAAACCUUCCUCUUUCCUUGUGAAUUUCACUAUUUUAACCUUCAAGAUGGAGUUACUGUAAGUAUCUUGAAAUGAGCUAAUCCAUAAGUAAAGGCUUCCUGAGAAAUUUACUCAACACAAAGCCUUCUUACGGGAUCACAGGGUCCCAAUUUUUAGGUUUUUUUAAAGAUAUGCUUGUUUUAGGAGGAAUAAAAAUGUCUCCAUGCAUCAGUUGUUAGAGUUAUGAGAAAGCGAGGUGUGAUGAGGCAUGCCAAAAAUGAACUAUCUAGAGUGCACUUUACUUGCUGUAUCACAUAAUCCAAAUCCCCCAAAAUCCACAUUAUCUAGAGUACAUUGGGACUCAAUUAAUAGUACUGUUUGCCAUGCCUGAUCUGUACUGGGGUAGACUUAGGUUGGCUUGUAAGGGUAUCUGAGAAUGAUAUGUAUUUUGUUAGAGAGCAGAUAUAUUUAAAAAAUAAAGUUUAAUUUUUUUAAUAUAUGGCAUUACCAUAUAGUAUGGCUAAGUUUGCACUUACCAAAAAUGUUCAUAUAUUAUUGUAUAAAAGCCUCUAUAAAGGAGCCCCCUGCUCUCACAGGAGAUUAUACUUUCGGCAAUAAUAAUAAAAAAAAAAAAUUACUUGUAAAGUCAUGAAAUGUAAAAAGAAUUGAGUAGAGGGUAUAUGAAGAGAAUUCGGUACUGACUAUUGAGCUUUCAAUGCUCCGAUUCCUGCAUGUUUCUAUGGGAAUAAUUCAAAUACAAACUUAAUAAAUAGCAAAUUUAUGAAAAAGAAUUUAACUGUAUUAUGUGAUCUGCAGUCAACGUCAAGCUAGUUUUAAGCUACAGUCUCUUAUGACUUUGGAUUAAGAGUCAUCUCAAUGAUGAGAGUGCUGGUGCUCAAUAUAGUUGCACAUUUCUUCUCUAUUGCCUGAAGGACAGGCGUAUGGCACUUUACACAAUUUCCCUAUAGGGAGAUAAUGGAGAUAAUGGAGAUGGUAAACCUCGGCCGAAGAAGUCCUGGAGUAGAAGAACCAUUCAAAAAUUCCGCUUAAUCUUAAAAAGUUUAUCUGGAGAAAUAUUUUGAUGUUGAAAAGUGCUCAAAGUGUCAGGAAAAUAAAUAACAAAAACAUGUACUCAUCUGCUGUUGAUCCCACAAUAGUACAGGUACCUGCUGCCAGUCUCUUACUGCUCUGUUAGCCAAUCACUGACUGUAAUGGUGACCUGCCACAGCCAAUGAUUUGUCGGAAUGGAGAACAGGAAGGGCUGACACUGGUUGGGAAUCGGCAGAAAGUGAGUACAAGUUUUUUUCUUGACUCCCUAACUACUUUCAUACAUAAAAAUACUUCCCCUGAUAACCUGUUUAAGCUGUUGACUAGUGACACGACAGCUCUUUGAGUCAUUUUAUUAUCCAAUGGUAUUCAGUACAUGACACAAGGAAGUGGCAUAUUGCUUGGCAUCACUCUUUGAAUACCAAUUGAGUAAAGUGUUGGCUCAAUAAGUGGUAUUCUGUAACUACAAUGGAAUAUUACAAUGUUAUCAAAUGUUUUUGAUGGAACAUCUAUACAAUUUUACAGUUUUCUAUUAACAAAAAACUAGGAUGUAAAAACUUUGUCAUCGUGUCUUUGUGUUAUCCUUAAAAUGACCAUGCUUUGUUAUGAGAAUAAACAAUUCUAUAGUCAUUUAACAUUCUUCCUAGAUUAUAUGUUUUCUCUUUCUUCAUAUGAGAUUACUUUCUCCAUUCUAACCAGAUGGACUGGCCUUUCAGUUUUAGUUUAGUUAACAUGCUAUCAAACAAUGUAUGUUUUAUGCAACUGCUCAAAGGGGAAUUCCCACAACUUAAAGCUAUUGCCUAGGCUGGCUUUCGAACUUUGCUGAGCAUUGUUCCAUAGACAAGGAAUAGAGCAUAUGCAGUCUACUCCUUUCAUUGCCGGGGACAUUUCUCCUCCGUUCUGGUGCUUGGUGGCGGUACCAGCAUUUGGACAAACACCGAU